AUGGAUCCCUUCCACCACCUCAACACCGCCUUCUCCAACCCUUACCACCCGCUCCUCUCCUCCUCCCCGCCCCACCCCUACCACCCUCCGCCCCCUCUCCCGCCUCCGCCCGCCGCCGCCCCCGCCGACCCGCCCGAGCGGGAGCGCCUGCCGCAGUGGUCGCACGCCGAGACCGCCGCCUUCCUCGCCAUCCGCGCCGACCUCGACCACUCCUUCCUCUCCACCAAGCGCAACAAGGCCCUCUGGGAGGCCGUCUCCGCGCGCCUCAACGCGCAGGGCGGCUUCGCGCGCACCCCCGACCAGUGCAAGUCCAAGUGGAAGAACCUCGUCACCAGGUUCAAGGGCACGGCCAGCGAUGCGCAGCCGGAGGGCGGAGACCAUCACGCCGGCGCGGCGGCGAGGGGCAGCUUCCCGUUCCACGACGAGAUGAGGAGGAUCUUCGACGCCAGGGUCGAGAGGGCGCGCGCAUUGGAGGCCAAGAAGGUCAAGGGGAAGGAAGCCGCCGCGCGGCGCGAUCCGGACGACGAUGGCGGCGGAGAGGGCGACGAGGGCGAGGACGACGAGGAGGAGGCGGAGAUGUUCGACGAGGAGGAGGGCAGGGCCGAUGCGGAGACGAGGGGCGCGGGGAGGAAGCGCAGGAGGAAGGCGGCGCCGGCGAGGACCGCAUCAGCGGGAGGAGGAGUCGAGAUUGGCGAGGUCGAGGCGGUGCUGCGGGAGUUCAUGCGGCGGCAGAUGGAGAUGGAGGAGCGGUGGAUGGAGGCCGCGGAGGCUCGCGACGCCGAGCGCCGGGCGCGCGAGGAGGAGUGGCGCGCCGCCAUGGUCGCGCUCGGCGAGGAACGGCUCGCGCUCGUGCGCCGCUGGCGGGAGCGCGAGGACGCGUGGAGGGCGCGCGCUGAAGAGCGAGAGGAGCGCCGGCACCAGCUCGUCGCCGCCCUGCUUGCCAAGCUCGGCGGCGACACGUCGUCCUGA